AUGUCUAAACGCUCUCGAAGCCUGUCUGCAUCCUCCUCUGUCGAUCACUCGCUAGAGAGUCGGUCAAAAUCCCCCUCCCCGGCCUCGUCCACCACCUCUCUCGGCCGCUCCAAACUUCCUCUCCUGGACACCUCCAGCGGCGCUGCAGUCGAAGUGAUGCGUUGUUCCCUGCCGCCGCAUCGAGAGACCCUCUCUUUCACGUCGUAUGACGACUACGAAGUUCACUACCUGCAAACCCACGUCAACCGAUGCUCGCAAUGCGGCAAGAAUUUCCCAACCGACCGGUUUCUGAAUCUGCACAUUGAAGAGAACCAUGACUCUCUUGUGGCCGCACGACGAGAGCGAGGCGAGAAGACAUAUGGUUGUUUCAUCGAAGACUGCGAGCGGAAGUGCUCGACUCCGCAGAAACGCAGAAUGCAUCUGAUAGACAAGCACAUGUUCCCCAAGACAUACAACUUCUACAUCGUGAACGAUGGCAUCGACAAGCAGACGUCAAUGCUGCGACCAACGCAUACGCACCGCCGGCGCGUAUCUACUGCAACCUCCCCGCAGGCAGGCCGCCUGCGAUACCGGCAGACAUCGCUGUCGCAACCGAGUCCGGUGUCCGACGCGCCCCCCCCGACAGCCCAGCAGGAGCCAACAGACUCGGAGAUGGCUGAGCUGGAGACGUCAAUGUCUGCAUUGCGAUUCGUUCCGGCAAGCGUCACCAAAAAUAAAGCGGCUUCGAAUCUUCGAUAA